ACUAAAUCAAUCGAAUGAGUCUUAUCAAAAAAAUAUCUUUGCUAUUUAAUCAAACAAAAAAAACAUUAAUAAUUUUAAAUAAAAGUUUCAAACAAAUGGAGUAAAUAAAAUUUCCAACAAUACCGGAAACUAUUAGAAAAUUGAAGGAUGAUAAUACAUUCGAAACUUAGUUUGAUAGUUUGCUUCAUUAUGAUAUAAUUCCUAAAGAAGAUCAGGAUAGACAAAUAGUAAAUAAGAUAAUGAAAGGUGAUAAUUCAUACUGCAUUGAUGUAAAACUAAGUAGAGCUAUUUCUGUAUUUGUUGGGUCUGCAAUUGGUGAUGCUUUAGGCAACCAAACAGAUUAAUUUCCGAUAGACUAUAAGAGAGAUAUUAUCAAAGGAUUUAAUUGCCUCGACAAUUUAAGGAGUCCUAGAGCUCUUUAUACUGACGAUACUUCGCUUGCUUUGUGCAUAGCUGAUAGUUUUUUAUGCAAUUAAUUGAAAUACUCACCCUCAGAUAUAAGACAUAGAUUUGUUUUGUGGUGGUUUGAGAGCUAUAAUAAUGGAAAAAGUUAGUAUUUUAUAGAAGAUAAUAAAGGAAAGUAAGAAUAUAUGUUAAGUGAGUUAAAAGAAAAUGUAAAAAAUGAAUUAUGGAAUUAGUUUUCAUUUGGCAUAGGCAUAACUACUUUUAACAAUUUCAUAGAUUUUGUAUAAAAUCCAAGUAAAACUAGAAUUAAAGAAUUUUAUGGAGAUCAAAAUUCAAAUGGUUCUUUAAUGAGACUUUCCCCAAUACCUAUUUUAUAUCAUGAUAAUAUCAAAGAAGCUGCUGAAAUUGCAUUUUAACAAAGUUUGCUUACUAAUGAUGGAUAAGAAGCUGCCGAGUGUUGCUAAUUAUUAUCUUAUAUAAUAGCAAAAAUAAUUAAUAUAGAAAAUAAAGCACUAUCUCCUAAAUAAAUUUUGGAUUUGACUUGUGAGGAAGCAUGUAAAGACCUUAUGCUAGAAACAUCUGUUUUGUUUAUAGCAAAAAGCAUGUAAGAAAAUUCUCUUUAAAAAAAUAAUUACAAUUAGUGUGAAGCAGACAGAAAUUGGAACUGGAAAGAUAUCAAUUUUAAAUAUUCUCCUACAAGAUCAGAAAAAUCGCCAACUGGAAUAGGAGGUUACUCUAUGGAUGCCUUAGCUAUGAGCUUGCAUAUAAAUUAUCAUAGUGAAAGAUUUAGUUAAGUUGUCUGUAGAGCUGCUAAUUUAGGAGGUGAUUCUGAUACAGUAGGUUGUAUUUCAGGAAUGUUGGCAGGAGCAAUUUAUGGUUUAUCUAAAGAUUUAAUUGAAUACCACCAAUAAAUUUAUCCUUCAGAAUAAAAUUCUACUGCAAUAAGGGCUUAUAAAUUAUUUAAUAAAACACCAAUAUCUUGAUUAAUAUUUAUUAUAUUAGUGUAUUUUAAAGGAUAAUAUUUCAAAUAAUAAAGAUUUUAAGAAAUUUAAAUAGGCUUAUAAAUUCAAUUAACAUUUAAAGUUUUAAUUUAUUAUUGAAAUAUUUAACAAAAAAAUAUUAAUAAAUUAUAAUAUGAGAUAAAAUUAUAUUUUCAAUGUUUAAUAAUAAAUAAUAAGUGCGUUUUAUUUUUUUUAAUAAAAAUAAAUUUUUUACUUAAAUUAAUU